GAGGCACCCAUUCAUCCUGUCAGUCUAGUUUCGGCCGGCAGAAACGAAACAGCAAAUGGAUCAGGGAGCCGACAGACUGACCGUAACUUGCAGUAUCGUACCACGCAGCACGGCUGCCCAUCACUGUAAAGUGUGUUACAGAGCGUAAAAGUUGAACGAAGGAGUUUGGGAAAACAUCAGAACAGUGCAUUGAAUUAAUCCCAAUUAUUGGAACCUAAAAAGCUCCAGUGCAGUUAGUGUUUGUAUGUGUGUGUAUGUGUGUGUGUGUGAUGCUGCUGGAUAGUUGGUUCAUUGCGUUUUACUAGCAUGCUCUAGACUACCAUCUACAACUCUCAGCUUUUCGCAUCCUAUCCUUACCGCACAAAGUUGACAAUUUGUUGCGCUUCUGCUAAAUCGUGUGAUGCUCUUACCUGACACGUUACCUGCUUCAUUGGUGCUCGAUUAAUCAAAGCAAGUCGCUGUAUAUGCUCACUGAUGUGCACUGUCGUGUUAAAAGGCGUCAAGCAUACGAAGAUAUCAAAUGCGACAUUUUACGCAUAGUGCUCAUACUUUGAGGCUCAUUGAACCCACUCCGCUAGAUAUACAUAAUUAGAAACAGAGAAUAAAACAUCAAAGUGUUUCUGUUAGUAUUAUUAACACCAUAUUUAGUGAUCGUGCGUGAUCGACAGUGUUUAUUUGUUCAUCUCGAAAGCACAUAAAACGUGUUGUUUGCGCCUCUGGAAAUUUGUGUUCUAUUACAUCGCCCUACCCGUUAAGCGGGCCGUAAAAAAGGCCUUCGUAUCUUAUUGGACAGCCAGCACCAUCUAGCCAUGUUUUCCCUGUGCGCUAAACCUGCCAGUGGCAACGGUUCCUCCAGGACGUCCCAACAGCUACAGCAAGUAACCUGCAAAAGUUGCAACUCUACCGUGGGGAAACAGAUCAAAGGAGGAUAUUUAUUGCGGUACAAAAAACAAGUCCUAUGGAGCCGCUGGUCGGAGGAAUGGGUUGUGCUGUACGAUGAUUCCACCAUGGCCUGGUUUACGGAACCGGGCCGCUCGUCACCUGCGGGUAAAAUUCUAGUCAAAGAGGCACCGGAAAUGCUUGCAAUCGCACACUGGACCGGUCAGAUACCUCGGCGGCCACCUCUCCCGGAUGGCGUCAGUGUGUCGCAGUUGAUAGCGCUCGGGUCGCGCCGGAAGCGUUCCAAAGUGUACUGGAUGAUUGCAAAAUCGGAAGAGGAAGUUAGCGACUGGAUUGCUGCCAUCACAAAGACGCUUCCCCCACCACCACAAAUUGAGCUGGUUGUCGAUAAACCACAUCUGAUGGGCGUUUUACGAAGACCUAUUGUACGGAUACGACCUGCAACCAGCUCAGAAGUGUCUGCCCGGCGGAAAAAUCGCCAUACAAUCGAACAUAACACGACCAAGGUGAAGGGUGAGGCAGCAGUUGCAAUCAUCAAGAAAAACGCACAGGAUACGACCGAUCCAAAAGGAUCGCUGGCUUGUGCUCUGCCCUGGGGCCAUGGUUGGGGUUGGGCGACCCUACCCAAUGGUAUCUGGAGCGGUGCACUAACCUGGUCGCAGUGCGAGGAUUCGAUUACUCUACACGCCCUACCGACGACUCACUGUACCAACAUGAUAGAAACACCGUGCGCCGGCGGAAUUUACCACACCGACAUCGGGCCAUUCGAUUUCCACGGCAUCGAGGACGUCGGCGGUGAAGACUUUGACUAUGCGAUGGACUGUGGAGAUUUCAUAUUUUAAGCUCAUUUCCGAGCAUCUUUGCGACAGAAAAGAUUGCUAGACGUGAGCUCGUCUAACGUCGAAUGCCCCCAGUCCAGGCAGCAUCUAGCAUCUUUCCCACAUGGAUCUGUCAUUAAUAGUAUAUGAACCAGAUGUUUUACAGUGUGUUCAGUUAGAUGUACAUCAACAAAAAUAAACAAGGAUUCUCCAUGUUCCCAAACUACCCAUAUUGCCUAUUAGAGGGGGUGAAAAGCUUACUCACAACAAUAACACAUUUCUGGUGCCCAGUUUCAAUGUAUCCACCGAUAGCGUGUAGUUAGUACUGCCAAAUGUAUGUAACAAAGUACACAAUCACAUGAUACCAACGGCCCACGUAAAGGUACUACCAAAUUCGAUCGAAUGUUAGAACAAGGAUGAGCGAUAAUCACCAAUGAAGUUAUGUCGUUCGUAACUGCAAAUCUUAUCAUUGUAGCUUUGUCGGAGAAGGAGGAAGCAAAGUAGGGAGGGAAUAGUGGCCAUGUUUAAAACCACUCCACACGAACCUGCAGAGCCUAUUGUCCCACGUAGACUGUAUAUGCUUGUAAUGUCAUUCUAUAGGGUGAACAGAAUCGGUGUAUCGUGUAGACAUCCUUGACUCGGUGUCGUGUUUCGUACAACAGUUAUUGAGUGUAUGUAUGAUGGAGUGAUAAUGAUUGAUGUUACUGCCUGCACUUCCCGUUCAUCUCACCGUGUGCAAAUACGUUGCGACACUCCAUCACAUCACAACGCAACGGGAAUUGUAAGGCUUAGCGGGAUUUAUGAAUAAGAAGAAGAAGAAGAAGAAAACGUCAAAAUCAAACAGCGUAUUUGAAGACGCGAACGGUUUGUAAUAAAUUUUGAAGAAAUAUAACACCGAAUCCAAAAAGUAUCUAAAUUUAAAAUAAAACAGUAUUGCCUUCCCAAAAAACAAUUAGAUAAUUCCUGUCUAGAAGUAUUAAUAAAAGAUGCAAACGAUCAUUUGAUACUUAGCAUUCAAAUAAUAGCAACAUUCUAUAUGCAAAACCGUUGGGCGUAAACGAAUCACAUACGAGAUAAAACGUAGAAAAGUGGAGAAACAAAUCAAAAGUAGAUUUAAAUGACUCCCUUCACCCUGACGUGGAUAGGAUUCGACAUAUUAUUUACCACUCUUGAAAUAUUCCCGUUUUUGCGAAACUCUGCAAUAGAGCGUUCUACCGAAGAUAAAGAUUUAAACAUUGUUGCUGAUGAGAUGAGAUGAUUUUUAUAAGAGAAAUACACUUACAAAGAAAUCAUUAUUUACCAUUAGUUCACUCUCUCAGAAUGGCGGUGUAAUGCACUGCCCGCGGGGAGAUUUGUCUAGUGUGAUGAGUUUAGAGUUAAGCGAUGUUGCUGGGUGGAAUGAAAUGCUUAUGAAGCAGAUCGACGAACAACGCGUACAACAAAUCCAACGACCAAUUCAUUCUUUCUACCUGUUUUUUGUGAGAUCGUUACCUUACCUACUACCUACUCCUAGCAGCUAGUUCGUACGGAUGCGUAAGGAGAUACGCCACGCAAGCGCGUCCUUAUGUCAGACAAUUUGUGGUAAAGCUUAAUUCUACACUAACUUAACAUAGGCCGGUGCCUGUCCAGCCUUCGACCGGACCGAGCAGACCGCAAUCCAUUGCAGUGGAUAACAUUAAUUCAUAACUUGGGAAACGAGAAGCAAAGUGCAAAUUUAAAACACACACUUACAUGCAUCGAUCGGGAUGUAAUAAUUGAAGAUUUGUAAACAAACACUCCCACACACAUACUUUAGUAAGACUGGCAAGCAGGCGCUGGUAGCGCUUUUUCAACUAACAAAGAAAGAAAAAUAACCAAGCUAUGCAAGCAAUGUGUCAGUUCGAGAUAUAUGUAAGUUUCAUUAGAUGCAGUGUUUUCAAAAAUGUGUAGACAUGCUAACGUGCACCAGAAGACUGCUGUCCUCCGAUUGGGAUGAGGCCAUCAGUCUUCGCCAAUCGCGUAGUAUAUUUUAACCCCGAACAAUACAAUAUACUCCCGAAAAUCAGUCCCCUCCCCCCGCUCCUAAAUAGGUCAUAGACAACCUAGGGAUGUGUCGAGCUAGCAAGAGAUAGCCAGCAGCUUAUUUAAGAUUAUAUUUAAACAAAAUACACACACAAAAUACGGGUAGAACCUAGCAAUCCACUAAACUCCGAACGUGGUAGAUCGGAAAUCAUUUUUGAGUACCAUUUUUAUUGCGAUCGCGAAUGCAAAAUGCGUCGGGUAAUUAUUGCUAGGAAAACGGGCAACAUACAGAGAGCAUCCAGCUCACUCACAUAAUCAAGCUCCAAGCUCUGACAAUUCAGCUCAAAGACCCAGAAACAAUAAUAGUUGUUAGAGACGCUAUUCCAGUAUAUAUAGGAGCAGCGUCGAUUUAGAAGUCCUACAGAAGGAACGUAUUACAGUAGCAUUACAACUAGCCUAGGUAAAUGUGUCACCAAAACCAUGGAGAGCCAUAUACCAGGAGCAAGUGCGCUGGAAACCAGCCGCUACCGUACCAUCCAACCAAAUGCAUGUAAGCCUAAUCAACAAAAUACACGGUGUGAUAUGCAGCAUAACAAAAGAAAUACGUUGACAAUGUAGAUUACAAUACAAUCAUGACAAGAGGUAUGUGUGUACUUUUGUGUGUAGUCGUCGUGCCUGGUGGCAACCAUUAGGCGAUGCGAAUGAAAGGAAACGAACAAAAUCCCUCUCGUAUGGACAUUUAAGUGUAGAACACUGUAUAAUUA